AUCACUUUCAUUUAAAAUCAACAAAAACAAUAAAUACAAACACAAAGAAAUCAGAAUGCGAGACUCUCGUUUAUCUUGAGUUCGGAAGCGCGCUUGGGUCCACGCUAGUAUGCGUCCGGAAACCAUGGGCCGCGGAACUGAGCUCUCCGCUGCGGGACCUCUUUGGAUCGGUGUGUUCUGGCUGAUGGCCGGAGCUGUGGCCUCCUCCUCCUCCGACGAUGUGCUACGCUGCUUCCAGUGCAGCGAAUCGGACAUCUCGUGCGGCUCCCCGCGGAAUCCCCUUGGCAAUGUGCUCGAGUGUCCCAACUCGACCAUGUGCUCGUACACCGAACGGACACUGGUGCUGAAUGGUCGCGAGUGGACCAAGACUUUGAGGGGAUGUGCCAACCAGGUCCAGCGCACCGUUGACCUGGUCAACCGGAAGUGGGAGUUUGGCUACGAGGUGAAGGGGGAUCAGUACGAGGAGGGCUGCGUGCGAAAGGACAAGGUUAACUACUGCCACUGCCGGGGAUCGCUAUGCAACUCGUCGAGUUUCUCCAAGCUCGACUUCCGGCUGCUGAUCUUUGCAAGCAUCGUCAUCGUCGUCCGUGGAAUACAUCUCCUCCUCCUUUUUUCCGGCUAGUCGGAGACACUUUUUGGGGUGUGUUUCCCAACGCAUUUCCUGCCACCGUCUCACAUAGUCUGAAAUAUGUAGUAGCUUUAAGCAGAUUAUGGAUUUACGUGCGACACUUUCCAAAGGUGAAGCCGAAGCCUUG